AUGUAUUUCGGUUUUCAUCUUCCAGGAGUGGUUAUACGCACUUACGGGGCUGGAAAUAUCCCUGCCGCCCGAAAAGACUUGCUGGCCGCGUUUAAAGCAGCUAGCGACCGAGGCGUACUGAUGAUCAACGUGACCCAGUGCUACAAAGGUGGUGUGAAGGCGAUCUACUCGACCGGAAUGAUAUUGAACAAUUAUGGAGUGAUUCCCGGUUACGAUAUGACCACAGAGGCUGCGCUAACCAAACUGGCUUACGUUCUGGGAAAACGAGAUCUUCCUGAUAUAGCUUCCAAGCGUGACUAUCUGUUGCGUAGUCUGCGUGGGGAAGUUACCAUCGAGGGUGAGGAUGCACAAUCUGCCCGACUAAACGGGUUACGUCAUUUGACUCACAUGGGUUCCGAAAAAAGUCUGAUGACCUAUUUGGCCGAAUUGUUUGCCAGGGCCAAAUCAGAGGAUCUUGAUGGCCGCGGCUCGAUGUGGGUUCGACGACUGGCUCCCGCCCUGGCCUGUACCGCUGCAGCCUCGAAUAAUGUGGCCAGUUUGGAGGAAUUGUAUCACAUGAUGGGGCAUUUACAGCUAGCAGAUAGUGAAGGCUCUACCACUCUGCACAAAGCCACCUUACAUGGAAACUACGAGGCAACUCGAUUCCUUCUGGAACACAGCGUGGCCGUGCAUACCAAGGACAUGUGGGGUUGGACGCCGUUGGAAUGUGCAAUUCGCAGUCCGCGAGCUUCUCCCGAAUUAAUCCGAUUAUUAUUGGAUGCAGGUGCACGUCUAUCGUCAGCCGAUCUGAAAAUUUCUCGCGGGAUUAGUCUAGCCGCGGCAGCCGGAGACAUCAACCGGUUACGACUGUACAGACUUGCUGGAUGUGCCCUGGAGGAUGUCGAUUCCGAGGGACGUAAUGCGCUGCACGUGGCCGUGGCCAAUCAUCAGUUGGAAACCAUCAAAUACUUGAUCAGUCCGUGUACACGGAAAUCCGAUUCCCGCGUUAAAUUUUCUGCCAGUUUUGACACAGACGAGCUGAAUGCCCAGUUCAUGGGCGGUGCCGGUGUGGAUCCACGAAUCACCACCAACUGGGGCACGACCGCGUUCGACGAGGCCAGGCAACGCAAAUUUGAUGAUGUGCUCGAACUGUUAGAACAAACACAUGUUCAGGCUCGUAAGGACUCAGUGAUUGAAAGCUAG